AAUUUACAUUGUGCUAACCAGAGUUCUUAGAGUCUAUCACACACUGAGGUCAGAGACCACUGGGGAAAGUCAAAGGGUCUGGAGUCGCUGCCAGCCUAAGAAGAGGCCAAUCCAGACACAGCUGUGUGAGCUCCCAGCCGCAAAGGAGCCUCAGGCAAGAUGUCCUAAGGGACAGAAGGACAUGGCCUGGAGACUGACACCACUUCUGCUGCUGCUGCUGGCCUGGGUAGCCUCCAUGUGCAGUGCCCGGAAAAGGACAGACCUGCUCAACGUCUGCAUGGAUGCCAAGCAUCACAAGACAAAGCCAGGCCCCGAGGACAAGCUGCAUGACCAGUGCACCCCCUGGAAGAAGAACGCCUGCUGCUCACUCAACACCAGCCAGGAGCUGCAUCAGGACCCCUCCCUCCUGUAUAACUUUAACCUGGACCACUGUGGCAAGAUGGAGCCCUCCUGCAGGCGCCACUUCGUUCAGGACAACUGUCUGUAUGAGUGCUCACCCAAUCUGGGGCCCUGGAUCCAGGAGGUGAAGCAGAGCUGGCGCAAGGAACGCUUCCUGGAUGUGCCCUUAUGCAAAGAGGACUGUCAGCAAUGGUGGGAAGACUGCCGCACCUCCCACACCUGUAAGAACAACUGGCACAGGGGCUGGAACUGGAGCUCAGGAUUUAACAAGUGUCCGGCUGGAGCCACCUGCCGCACAUUUGAGUCCUACUUUCCCUCGCCCGCAGCCCUGUGUGAGGGCAUCUGGAGUCACUCCUACAAACUCAGCAACUACAGUCGAGGGAGCGGCCGCUGCAUCCAGAUGUGGUUUGACCCGGCCCAGGGCAACCCCAACGAGGAGGUGGCGAGGUUCUAUGCCUUGGCCAUGAGUGCUGGGACCCUGCCCCAUGGGGUGGAGCUUCUCCUGCUCAGCCUGGUCCUGAUGCUGCAACUCUGGCUCCUACGCUGAGUCCAGCCCUACUCAGAUGUCUUUUCUGCAUGUCCCCAGUUUUGAUGACCAAGCUUGGCUCAGCAUAGCUCUCACAAAUGAGGGAGCCCUAAGCAUGCCUCCAUCCAUUAUCCAUCCUUCUGUCAUCCAGCUCCUGCUCCCAUAGUGGGCCUUGGGCUUUCUCUGACAGCCAAUUCAAAUAAACAGACAAACCUA